CUAGAUGGAGAUUUGUAUGCUGGGACAUCCGUGGAUUUCAUGGGCACCAACACAGCUAUAUUCCGUACCUCUGUGCACAGCAGCAAACAACACUAUAUACGCACUGAGGCCUACCAGGACCACUGGCUCAAUGAGCCAGAGUUUGUGGGUUCCUUCUCUAUCCCAGACACACACAGUGUGGACGAUGACAAAGUCUAUAUCUUCUUCAAGGAGACAGCUGUAGAGUCCAGCCAGUGGGACAAGAGGGUUUACAACAGAGUGGCACGCGUCUGCAAGAAUGACGUUGGAGGGAAGAGGAGUCUGAUUAACCGUUGGAGUACGUUCCUCAAGGCCCGUCUGGUGUGUUCUGUACCAGGACCAGCUGGACUGGACACACAAUUUGACGAACUAGAGGACGUCUUCAUGCUGGAGACCAAAGACUCCCAGAACCCCAUCAUCUAUGGAGUGUUUUCCACCUCCAGUUCUGUAUUCAGAGGGUCAGCAGUGUGUGUCUACUCCAUGGCCUCUAUCAGGGCAGCCUUCAACGGUCCGUUCGCCCACAAGGAAGGGCCCGACUACCGCUGGGUGGAGUACAAGGGGAGGAUCCCAUAUCCACGACCUGGCACUUGUCCCAGUGUGACCUACGACCCCCUCCACAAGUCUACCCGUGACUUCCCUGAUGACGUAGUGAGUUUCAUGAGGGGUCAUCAUCUGAUGUGGGAACCCAUCCUACCAGUCACCCGUCGCCCGGUCUUUACCCUGGUCAACGUAUCCUACACUCUGAGAAAGUUAGUGGUGGAUAGGGUGGACGCUGCGGAUGGACAGUAUGAUGUACUGCACCUGGGCACAGAUGAUGGCCAGGUGCUGAAAGUGGUGUCUAUUCCUAAAGAGAACAGGGAACCUGAGGAGAUCAUUCUGGAGCAGCUGACUGUGUUUCAGAAUCACGCCCCUAUCCUUAGCAUGGAGCUGUCUACCAAACGGCAACAGCUGUAUGUGAGCAGUGAUGAGGGAGUGGCCCAGUUACCCCUGCAGAGGUGUCAGCUGUAUGGUAAAGACUGUGCUGACUGCUGUCUGGCCAGAGACCCUUACUGUGUCUGGGACGGGAACACAUGCAACCGAUACUUUCCCAGCAACAAGAGGCGAGCUCGGCGCCAGGAUGUGAAACAUGGGGAUUCAAUGAGCCAGUGUCACAAUGCAGAAGAUGGUUCUGAGUCAGUGGAGCUGAAAGUGAUCUAUGGGGUGCAGAGCAGCUCAACCUUCCUAGAGUGUAUGCCCAGAUCCCAACAGGCUACAGUCAAGUGGACAGUUCAGCCGUCACACACUCGCACUAGCAGAGAGCUGCUCCUGAGCGAGGAUCGUAUGGUCCACAUGAAGCGGGGUCUCCUGGUGCAGCGGCUGGAGCCAGGGGACGCUGGCCUCUACACCUGUACCACCCUGGAGCACUCCUUCUCCCAGGUCCAGGCCCGCUACAACCUCCAGGUUAUACCCCAGCAGAGCAUGACAGCAUCCCAGGCCAGGGCAUCUGAUCCUGGGGCCGGAGGGGCAGGGCUGGGGGGGGGCCCUGGAGGUCCUGGGAGCCACACCCAGAGACACACCAAGCUCCUCAGGAACUAUAAGGACCUGCACAUGGUGGGCAUGGCUAGCAUGAGCGCAACCGAGUACUGUGAGCAGCUGUGGUACCGGGAGAAGAAGAAGCUACGCCAGUUGAAGUGGAAACAGACCCAGGUGGACAACGGCAAGGCCAGGGUGCGACGGCACGACUCCACCCCACUACAAUGACCGGAUGGGGAUGGGGAUGGGGAUGGGGUUGGGGAUGGGGAUGGACAGAGAUGUGGGCUGCAUCCCAGUUCUCCGCGGUUUCUCCUGAUAUGUGCACUUUCACGCAUGGAUAUAACAAUGGUAUAAAAACUCCAUCCAGCCAAUGCUUACACCGAGCCUAUGCCUUGAAAUCCAUGACAGGUAGUGUGCAAGUGCACACUUCAUGUACAAGGGUGGAGAAUCAGAAAGUAGCCUUGGAGAUAAAGAGAAUGUAUGAACACACAGUAAUACAGCCUUUAUUUGAACAGACAAAACAUUAAGAACACCUUCCUAAUAUUGAGUUGCACCCCCCACCCCCCCCCACCCCUCUUUUCCCUCAGAACAGACUCAAUUUGUUGGGGACGUGGACUCUACAAGGUGUCGAAAGCAUUCCACAGGGAUGCUGGCCCGUGUUGACUCUAAUGCUUCCCACAGUUGUGUCAACUUGGCUGGAUGUUCUUUGGGUGGUGGACCAUUCUUGAUACACAUGGAAAACUGUUGAGCGUGGAAAAAACCCAGCAGCGAUGCAGUUCUUGACUCACUCAAACCGGUGCGCCCGGCACCUACCUCCACACCCCGUUCAAAGGCACUUAAAUAUUUAGUCUUCCCCCUUCACCCUCUGAAUGGUACACAUACAGUACUGAUCAAACGGUUUAGAACACCGACUCAUUCAAGGAUUUUUUCUUUAUUUUUACUAUUUUCUACAUUGUAGAAUAACAGUGAAGACAUCAAAACUAUGAAAUAAUACAAAUGGAAUCAUGUAGUAACCCAAAAACUAAAAUGUGUUACAUCAAAAUAUAUUUUAUAUUUGAGAUUCUUCAAAUAGCCACCGUUUGGAUUUAACAAGUGACAUCAACAAGGGAUCAUAGCUGAUCUCCUGGAUUCACCUGGUCAGUCUAUUCAAUGGAAAGAGCAGGUGUUCCUAAUGUUUUGUCUACUCUGUGUAUUAGCUUAAUAUUGUUAUUAUCAGUUAACCUUUGUCCCACAGAAUAAUGUGUAUGAUAUGAUAUUUUAGAUUUACAUUACUCCUCAAUCAUCCCCUGUAUUCUGUGUAGACAGGAUUUUGACCCGCAACGUUUGUUAUUGCGCUCUGGACGAGUGAGUUUGUUACCAAAUAAAAACAGGACAGACCGUUCUCUGCCACAUGUGUUGAGGGGGACGGGGUUAUUUGCUCCAUCAUCACAACCACAGGUGUUCUGGAACUUCAGAGCUGUGAGGGGAAAUGAGUUGGGCCACUCUGUUGCGCAACCAAGGAUGUUCCCUUCAUCUCCUUCCUUCCUUCCUUCCUUCUUUCCUUCCUUCCUGGCAGAGUAGAGGAGAAACAUUUCAUUUCCUGGUCCUGUGGACAACAACAUUUGAAGAGUUGAUUUUAGAUAAAUUCAAAAAUAGUUUAUUUCAGAUGUAUAUAACAAUUGUUUUUGUUUGUUGCAAAACACUAUAUAUACAUUUAGUAUUUAGCUGGAAUGGAAUGUUCCUAAGCUUUAUAUGUAGCAUACAAAUUCCAAAAGAGUUUAUUUACAAAACACUAUAUCCAUCCAUUUUCCCAUGUGUUUUUUUAUAUUCCAUCAGAAAUAAAUGCUUAUGGGGUACUACCUUUGUGUGAAGUAUUACUGUCCUCGUAGAUGUUCAAUGUGUAUAACAAUUGGUUUAGUUAGUAAAGAGCUGUAUAUCCAGUGUUUAGCUGGAAUGUUCCUAUCCUGUAUAUUUCACUUAGAUAUUCAACACAUGAAUCUAGCCUCAUUCUAUAGUGUUUUGGUUAGAGUUAGGUCUCAUCCCAAAUGACACUCUGUUCCCUAUAUAGUGUACAAAUUGUGACCAGAACCCAGAUCUCAUAUUAUUGUAUUAAAUUCUGUUUAACUACAGUAUAUAUAUAUAUAUACACAUGUAUAUUUUUGGAUGUAUCAUUUGUACAGCUCUUUAUUAAAAAUAAAAAAUAAAUAAAGUAA